ACUUUUAAGUCAACUAAUCAUUCCUGAAAACUUGUUGCAGGGAGUUUCCUCCUGUUUGUGAGAGCGGUGCCAAUGCCGCUCUGAGAGAAGACACUUCUGCGGACUAAAUUAGUUCAUUCCGAGGGGGAAAUAGGGAAGUUUCAAAUGUUUCUCGCUCCGACUGCGGCGGUUCCUGUGGGACAGUAGCCCUCGACUCGUCUUUUCAAACCAGAUAAAGAGUGGUGGCGUUAAGAGGUGCCAACAUGCCUCAACAGAAGGACAUCGUGAAGAUAGCCAUCCAGAUGCCUGGGGCCUACCCCCAGCUCAUACAACUGGACCAGAAAAAGCCUCUUUCUGCCGUCAUAAAGGAAGUGUGUGAUGGCUGGAAUCUCCACGGUCCCGACAACCACGCUCUGCAGUACGCUGAUGGAGUCCAGACGUACAUCACUGAAUCGAAUCGUCUGGACAUUAAGAACGGCUGCAUUCUGCGUCUGACCAAGGCCCCGGGCCGCUGUGCAGAAGACCUGUACAAGGGCAUCCAGAGCUCGGACUCGGGUGUGCGCUGCGACUCGCUGAAGGAACUGGCGAAUGUUUCCAAGGACGUGACCUUCGCUCAGGAGUUCAUCAGUCGAGACGGACAUCUCCUAUUGGUCAAAAUAGUAGAGGACGCUAAAGAGAGUAAUGUGAUAAUGACCCACACACUGACGGGCUUCAUGGAGCUGAUGGAUCAUGGGAUCGUUUCAUGGGAGAACCUGUCGUCUGUCUUCAUCAAGAAGAUUGCUAGCUUUGUCAACGCCAAGCUGACCGAUGCAUCAAUCCAGCAGGUGUCCUUGGACAUCCUAGAGAGCAUGGUGCUGAGCAGCCACGGCCUCUUCCUGCAGGUCAAACAGGAAGUCACUAUGGAGCGGCUCAUCGCUCACCUCCAGGUGACGAACCAGCAGAUACAGACCAAAGCGAUGGCUCUACUUAUGGCACUACUCCAGACAGCCGGGGACUCGGACCGACAGGAUAUUUUUGCGUUCCUGAAUAAGAGGAAUCUCCGGCAGUACAUUUAUAAAAACAUCAUCCAUAGUUCUGGCGCAGUCCAGGACGAGAUGGCCCACUACCUCUAUGUCCUCCAGUCCGUUACCUUAAAUCACCUGGAGGCCCGCAUGAGGACUCCUAUGGACAGCUACAGCCAGGACCAGAGAGAUACGCUUCACAAUCUGCGCCAGGCAGCGUUCGAGAACGAGAGUGAGAACAGCCUGAGCAACGAGAGACGACGCUCGCUCUGCGCCAAAGAGUUCAAGAAGUUGGGCUUCUCUAACAAUAGUAACCCCGGUCAGGACUUGGUUCGAACGCCUCCUGGUCUUCUAGCUCUGGACACCAUGUUUUAUUUUGCUGCACGCUAUCCUGAUGCCUACAGCAGGUUUGUCCUGGAGAACAGCAGCAGGGAAGACAAGCACGAGUGUCCCUUUGCCCGGAGCAGCAUCCAGCUCACACUCAUCCUGUGUGAGAUCCUUUGUAUCGGCGAGCCGCCCUCGGAGACGGGGUCUGACUACCAUCCCGUCUUCUUCAGUCAGGACCGGCUGAUGGAGGAGCUCUUCUGUGUUUGCAUUCAGCUGCUCAACAAGACCUGGAAGGAGAUGAGAGCCACACAGGAGGACUUUGACAAGGUGAUGCAGGUGGUGAGGGAGCAGAUCACCAGGACGCUGUCCAGUAAGCCGACCUCCCUGGAGCUCUUCAAGAACAAAGUCAACGCCCUGAACUACGGCGAGAUCCUCAAACUGCGGCAGACCGAACGCCUGCACCAAGAGGAGACUCUGGCUCCCCCCGUCCUUGAGCUCAAAGAGCGCCUGAAGCCAGAGCUGCUCGAGUUGAUCCGCCAGCAGAGACUCAACAGGCUGUGUCAAGGAACAAUGUUCAGGAAGAUUAGCAGCCGACGCAGACAGGAUAAAUUGUGGUACUGCCGCUUGUCCCCUAAUCACAAAAUGCUCCACUAUGGGGAUGCGAAGGAGGACACCGACAACCCCACAGUAGAAAUGCUGCAAAACAAGAUUCCAGUAGCAGAUAUCAAAGGCUUGCUGACGGGGAAGGACUGCCCCCACAUGAAGGAGAACAAGGGCAAACAUAACAAGGAGGUGCUGGACUUGGCAUUUAGCAUCACAUAUGACGUUGAAGAGGCGAGCCUGAACUUCAUCGCCCCCUCCAGAACAGAUUUCUGCCUGUGGACGGAUGGACUGAGCGUUCUCCUGGGCCGGGAGAUGAGUAGUGAAUCUAUGCGCAGCGAGCUGGAGAUCCUGCUCUCUAUGGAGAUUAAGCUCCGCCUCCUGGACCUUGCGAACGUUCCCAUCCCCGACAUCGCGCCGGUCGUCCCCAAACCGCCGAGCAACUACAACUUCUGCUACGACUUCAGCCAGACGGAGCAGUAGAGCGACUGGGACGCGUGAAUGUGUAAAUAUGUGUGUGUGUGUGUGUGUGUCUGAAAUGAGUGGUGCGUGUUUGUUGAGAUUUGACUUGUGCAUCCAUGCACUUAUUCCUUAUAACACAGAUUUUUUUUUUUUUAAUCAUCAUUUUAUAAUUCUAAAUAUAUCUUAACUAAACUACGUAUGGUACAUAUACUUGUGUGUGAGGUUUUUACUGGUCGAGGCAGUGGACGCUUUGACCUUCGCCUUUGAUGCUAGUUGUGCUCAUUUGUUAAAUUCUUGUAUUUUAUUUUUUAAAUGGGCAUUACCUAGAACACAGAUAUGGUACAUGUCAUUAAUUUCCAACAUAUGAAAGAUAAAUACAGUUUAUUUUUCAUGUUGGACAGAAUUUUGCUUAAAUAUCCCUCCGAUAGGUCCAGAGAUAUAUAGGUCCAGUGGCUCAGGAUGACUACGACUUUCACUUCUAUUAUUCUAGUGAUGGAGAAACACACGGCAUGCCACGCCGACAUUUAGUUUUUAACAACAGGAAACUACCGUCAACAGUUUAAGAAUGACGAAUUUUUAAUCCAACUUGCAAUCCUCUGUAAACGUGUCUGAUGACCUGCAGCCGGCGGCCAUCGUCUCAACUGUCUCGGAUCUGAUCCUGAAAUUGAAGUUGAUUUUAUACCACGUACAAUAAUAUGUUAAUGGUGAAACUGUGACGGAGGCAUCGAGCGCCGUCCCAGUGCGCUACACUCACAAAGCUCACUGGUGACACUGGGAGCAGCUGCUUCACAACGGACCGGUACACGUGUCACGUGGUGCGUUUGUGGCACCGGGUUAUUUCAUUUGGCUCUCUGCAGCGCAUUCCUGACACGCAACUUUCUGUAAUGAUAUCCACUUUGAAUUGCACACUUUGAGUGACUUUGCGAUAAUAAACAGUUUGAUUUAUACUGAGAGACAAAACAA